GUAGCUGGAAAGGGGAGCGUGGCUCCAUUAACCAGCUCAGGCAGACCGUGUGAGGACCGGAGGAAGAAUGCUCCUGGCUGCCCUGUCCUGCCUGCUGUGGAGUUUCCGGACCUCCGCCGGCCACUUCCCUCGAGCCUGUGCCUCCUCCAAGAGCCUGACAGAGAAGGAGUGCUGCCCGCCCUGGGCGGGCGACGGGAGCCCCUGCGGCCGGCUCUCGGGCAGGGGCUCCUGCCAGGACGUCGUUCUGUCCGCGGCGCCACUCGGACCUCAGUUCCCCUUCACCGGGGUGGACGACCGCGAGUCUUGGCCCUCCAUCUUUUAUAACAGAACCUGCCAGUGCUUUGGCAACUUCAUGGGAUUCAAUUGCGGAAGUUGUAAGUUUGGAUUUCGGGGACCCGGCUGCACAGAACGGCGACUUCUGGUGAGAAGAAACAUCUUUGAUUUGAGUGUCCCGGAGAAGAACAAAUUUCUUGCCUAUCUCACUUUGGCAAAACAUACCACCAGCCCAGACUACGUCAUCCCCACGGGCACCUCUGGCCAAAUGAAUCAUGGAGCAACACCCCUGUUUAAUGACGUCAGUGUUUAUGACCUCUUUGUCUGGAUGCAUUAUUAUGUGUCAAGGGACACGCUGCUUGGGGACUCUGAAGUCUGGAGAGACAUUGAUUUUGCUCAUGAAGCCCCGGGUUUUCUGCCUUGGCAUAGACUCUUUCUGCUGCUGUGGGAACAGGAAAUCCAGAAGCUGACCGGGGAUGAGAACUUCACCAUUCCAUACUGGGACUGGAGAGAUGCAGAAAACUGUGACGUUUGCACAGAUGAGUACAUGGGAGGGCGCAACCCUGCAAACCCUAAUCUACUCAGCCCAGCAUCCUUCUUCUCCUCUUGGCAGAUCGUCUGCAGCAGAUUGGAGGAGUACAACAGUCGCCAGGCUUUAUGCAACGGGACGUCUGAGGGACCAUUACUGCGCAAUCCUGGAAACCACGACAAAGCCAGGACCCCGAGGCUCCCCUCCUCGGCUGAUGUGGAGUUUUGCUUGAGUUUGACCCAGUAUGAAUCAGGUUCCAUGGAUAAAGCUGCCAACUUCAGCUUUAGAAAUACACUGGAAGGAUUUGCUAAUCCGCUUACUGGGAUAGCAGAUGCCUCUCAAAGCAGUAUGCACAAUGCCUUGCACAUCUACAUGAACGGAACGAUGUCCCAGGUACCAGGAUCUGCCAAUGAUCCCAUCUUCCUUCUUCAUCAUGCGUUUGUUGACAGUAUUUUUGAACAGUGGCUUCGAAAGUAUCGUCCUCUUCAAAAUGUUUAUCCAGAAGCUAAUGCACCCAUUGGACACAACCGAGAAUCCUACAUGGUCCCUUUCAUCCCGCUCUACAGAAAUGGUGACUUCUUCAUUUCAUCCAAGGAUCUGGGCUACGACUACAGCUACCUACAAGAGUCAGAACCGGACAUUUUUCAAGAUUACAUUAAGCCCUACUUAGAACAAGCACGUCAAAUCUGGCCAUGGCUCAUUGGGGCAGCUGUGGUUGGGUCGGUCCUUACUGCUGUACUGGGAGGACUUACUAGCCUGUUAUGUCGUCGAAAGAGAAACCAGCUUCCUGAAGAAAAGCAGCCCCUGCUCAUGGAAAAAGAAGAUUACCACAAUUUGUUGUAUCAGAGCCAUUUAUGAAAGGCUUAGGCAAUAGAAUUAGGGCAAAAAACCUGACCUCGCUAUAACUUAAAUGAUGUUAAAGUCCCCAGGGGAUGUCCCAGUGGAAAUCCUUGGCAUGUGUCUACAGAGACCCUUAUCAGAACUGUUAUCAGUACAAAAUGUUUCCCUCCUCCUACUCAGGCAGAAGCCACCUGUGCUUGCUUUGCUGGAUUUUGAUCAUUCCCUGAAGAGUUUUCCUCAAGCUCCUAUUUCCAAGGAAAGGAUGCCCUUUGGUAAUAAGUAACUGCUAGAUGUAUCUGAAUGAAAGCGCUCUUGUAAAAUAUGGGGACAUGUGUGAUUCUUUUCCUCUUGAUUGUGGAAUGACUUGUUCCUUUUAUUAUCCCCUUUCUCUGAUUUUAAUAAAAUAGCAACAAAUUUA